AAGCGGGCGUGAGCGGGGCGCAGCGGCGGCGGCGCGGACACGUGGGAGCGCUCGGAGCGGAUCCGGAGCUGGACCCCGAGCCCGAGCCCGUGCAGCGGCGGGCGGGCGCGGCGCGCGGGCCCUCGGCUCAGGUAGUGCGCUCCGCGGAGCGUCCGGUGCGCAACUUCUGGAGCGCCUCUGGAGAGGCAGCAGCGCGGGGCGCGAGGGGCUGCAUGGAGGACACGGAGAAGCUGCACCUGCUGGACCGCAGGACUGGAGUCCGGUCCUACAUGGGAUCUCUGUGGCAGGAGGGGACCGACUGGACCCCUCUGCCUGGGCCUGGCCUGGACAUGCAGGUCAUGGAGCUGGCUGCCCAGAGCAACCACUACUGCCAUGCCCAGAGGGGUCCACACAGUCACCACGACCCCGAGAGGGAGCAGGCCCGGCGCCAGCUCUAUGUGGCCUCUGCCGUCUGCCUGGUGUUCAUGAUCGGAGAAGUCAUCGGUGGGUACCUGGCGCACAGCUUGGCCAUCAUGACCGAUGCGGCCCACCUGCUCACCGACUUUGCCAGCAUGCUCAUCAGCCUCUUCUCCCUCUGGAUGUCCUCCCGACCGGCCACCAAGACCAUGAACUUCGGCUGGCAGCGAGCUGAGAUCCUGGGAGCCCUGCUGUCGGUGCUGUCCAUCUGGGUGGUGACCGGCGUGCUGGUGUACCUGGCCGUGCAGCGGCUUAUCUCCGGGGAGUAUGAGAUCGAGGGGGCCACGAUGCUGAUCACGUCCGGCUGCGCUGUGGCUGUGAACAUCAUAAUGGGGUUGACCCUCCACCAGUCUGGCCAUGGGCACAGCCAUGGGCACAGCCACGACGCCAGCCAGCCACAGGAGAACCCCAGUGUCCGAGCGGCUUUCGUCCACGUGAUCGGGGACUUUCUGCAGAGCCUGGGUGUCCUGGUGGCAGCCUAUAUCUUAUACUUCAAGCCCGAGUACAAGUAUAUAGAUCCCAUCUGCACCUUCCUCUUCUCCAUCUUGGUCCUGGGGACAACCUUGACCAUCCUGAGAGAUGUGAUCCUGGUGCUGAUGGAAGGAACCCCCAAGGGCAUGGACUUCACAGCUGUGCGGGAUCUGCUGCUGUCGGUGGAAGGGGUGGAAGCCUUGCACAGUCUGCAUAUCUGGGCGCUGACCGUGGCUCAGCCUGUGCUCUCCGUCCACAUCGCCAUCGGUGAGAAUGCAGAUGCCCAGGCUGUGUUGAAGACGGCCAGCGCCCGCCUCCAGGGGAGGUUCCACUUCCAUACCAUGACCAUCCAGAUUGAGGACUACUCCGAUGACAUGAAGGACUGCCAGGCGUGCCAAGGCCCCUCGGACUGACCGCCUGGCCAGGCACCCACAGAGGCACCCACAGGACCUGCAGGUGGCCGGCCAGCCAGGACUCUGCCUAUCCCGGCUGUGUUAUAAGCCACUCUUGCUCCAGGUGCAGGAAGGAGCCUUGCACCCCUCCAGGAGUAGGGCUCUUCCUGGGCUCCCCCACCUGAUGACAGCCAGCCCCAGGGCUGCUGGGAUCCGGCACCUGCUGCUCCGCUCCCAGCAGGACCAUGUCCAGGCCGCACCCGCAGCCAACGCUGUCCUAAUUUCACAUGGGUAGCACCUGGGCUUUCCCUGGGACUGAAGGCAGCGUGGAGGGUGCGGGGUUGUGAGGACCCCGUAACCGCAGAGGAGUUCCCCUGGGUAGGGAGCCAGGCGCGCCAGAGGCCUGAGCCCUGGUCCCUGCAGCUGGGGGCCAAACACGACCCUUUCCUGGUGGGGCUGGAGGGGUUUCUUGGGUGAGGACCUGGCUUUUGCCCCCUUUCCUGCUUUCCCAGCCCAGGAAGCUGCAUCGGGGUGUGGGCACGUCUGAGAUUUCAGCUGGGGUCCUACAGCCUUGCCCCAGGCCACUUCCCCUGCCCUGAGAGCAGCCCAGGGCAUGGCAGAACCUGAACUCUGACCUGACUGAGCCGGCUGUGUUGCCUGAACGGCCUGAUGUGGGUCUGGACACAGCCCAGUGGCCCUGGAAGCAGGAGACUCAGGCUUCCCGGGCUGGGGGAGGCACAAAAGGGGAGGCCUGUCCCCCGUGCCCGGGAGCCCUGGGUCUCGGGUCUGUUCCCGGCACUGCAGUGACCAAGUACCCUUCGCCCAGCUGCCCUCGUGUCUCUGUCUCACCUGGAGACGAGCAGGUUGGCGCCUACCUCGCAGGGUCGUUGUGAGGCCCAAAGCCAAAGUCUGCUCAGGAGCUGGAGAGUGGUUCCCUGGGUGCUUGUCCUGGAGAGAGGGGACCCUGCUACAAAGCCCUCUCCCAGGCAGCUCGGAGUUCACCUCUGUUCCUGCCUGGGGCAGCUGGCCAUUUGCCUCUCCCUUUCCACCUCUAGAAGGGCCUUUCUUGCCUCUGUAGCACCGUCACCACCAUGCCUGUGCUCCAGGCCCCAGGGUCCUUCAGCCCCGUAAGGUCUGUAGGAAGUCAGGGUUGGCCUGGAGUCGGGGUGGGGGCUGCUGGAGGCUGUGUCCUCCCACCUCACCAUCUCACAGCCAUCAAAUCCCUAGCCCCUGGAGCCCGGGCUCUGCUAUGUGCCAAGUCCUCACCCCCCUCUAACGGGACGGUCACUGCUGACCUCCAUUAUAGAGGGGGCUCAGAGAGGCUGAGUUAUUUGCCUCAAGUCACACAGCCAGUGUGCGGCAGGUUUCUGCCUCACUCACCAAGCGCGUCCACUGCUGUAGGGGCUGGGGUCCUACUUGGAGCUGUAGGCUGCUGCAGUGUGAGAGUCUCAGGCCCUCCCACAGGCAUGGCAGUGCAGGGGCUUGUGUGGGGCGGCUGGGACCGGAAAGGUGCCCGUCUCCCGGCUGGGCUGGCACUCGGAGCCCUCUGCCCUGGGAAGGCUGCCUGUGCUGCAGCUGUGCUGUGUGCCCCCCCCCUCCCCCCGCUGUCCUUGACUCUCAGCCAGCCCUGCCUGCCUUUAACUCUAAACCCCCUGCACCUCAGGCUCUGGAAGCCGGGGCCCAGGGCAGCCAAGGAGCACCCACUCUGCAAGUCCAGCUGUGACAGGCCCCAGGGAGAGCCCGAGUCAGCCGGGGCAAGGGGUCAAGCUGCAGGCCAGGGCUAGGAGUCUUAGGGGAUGGUAUGUCCAGCCAGCGAGCCAGUCACGGGAGUUUCCAGAGCCGCGAGGCCACCAAAGCAGAAAAACAUCUGACACCCCCCCCUCUCGAAGUCACCCCCCCC